AUGCGUACUUCAACAUUUGGACUCUGGGCCUUGACGGCUGGUGUCACUACUGCAAAGACCUGUUACGAUGUAACAGUGGAAGUCCCCGUCACAGCUCGCAAUGGCGUGUUCGACAAUAUCAUCACGCCUGAAACCAACUUCGAUGCUACUUCCUUUGUCCUUGCCUCGACCAAACAGGGUGGUAAUAUAACUGAAGCAGCACUGUCUGGGUACGCCACCGUCUCGAAGCUCUACAAUAUCUCCGCCCAGUACUGUAUGCCAAAGAGCACUGGAAGCAGCGCCUACACGCUUCAGAUUCUCACACAUGGAAUGGGCUUUGACAAGACCUACUGGGAUCUGCCAUACAACGACUACAACUACUCCUACGUCGAGUACGCCUUGUCUCAAGGUUACCACACACUCUCCUAUGAUCGUCUAGGCCUUGGGAAGUCUUCUCAUGGUGAUGCCAAAAACGAGAUCCAGGCCUUCCUGGAGAUCGAGGGUCUUGCUCAGUUGACCCGUAUGGUGCGCAAUGGCGAGAUUUCUCAUAUCAAGACCCCCAGCAAGAUUGUGCAUGUCGGACAUUCAUUCGGGUCUUCACAGACGGUUGCCCUAUCCGCAAUGUAUCCGGACCUUUCGGAUGCGCUUGUGCUCACCGGGUGGUCGACAAGUGCCGACUACAUGCCCAUGUUCCUCACCGGGGCCAACUUCCAGCAAGCGCGGCUCAACGGCAAAAAUUCCGACUACACCGGUGGAUACUUGACGAGCGGCGACGUUGGCAGCAACGUGUAUCUCUUCUUCUACCCACCCCAUUUCGACACCGAGCUGCUGGAGUUCGUCGAAGAGAACAAGCAGCCCAUGACGAUUGGGGAACUCAUGACCAUCACGGGUCUGCCAGCGCAGAGCAAUUUCACCGGGCCCGUGUAUGUCAUUGAUGGCGAGAACGAUGUUCCAUUCUGUGGAGGCGACUGCUCGCACACAGGUGGGACAUCGGCAUCCUUCCCUGCCGCUGCCGAGAAGCUGUUCCCGUCUGCAAGUGCCUUCGUUGCCUACAUCCACCCCAACACGGGGCAUGCGAUUAACGUGCAUUACAAUGCCACGGGGGCGUACAAGGAGAUUCAUGACUUUUUGGGGGCUCACGGUUUAAAGAGCCGGAGUCAUCAUCAUGAUCAUGUGCGUCAUUAG